UCUGUGGGAAUCGAACCCACGACCACAUGGUUAAAAGCCAUGCGCUCUACCAGCUGAGCUAAGACGGCUUGUUUGUUUAGUAUGGGAAAAUAUACAACUGACUUCUAACUCGCCAAAGGCUAUAGCUGGGCAAUAGACUGCAGGUCUCCAGCUGAAAGCUGAACAAUGGCGGACGAAAUCUCACAAUCUUCAAUUCCCGCCGAACACCAAUCCGAAAUGUCAGAACCUCCUCCGACUCUCUCCGAAAUAUCGGAAAAUACCGAAACCCCUCCGGAAUCAAAAUUCGAAUCAGAAAGCAUGCGCAAAACUAAACCUGGAUUAAAGCGUCUCAUCCUGACUCUCUCUGUCCUAGUCUCAUUCCUUAUCGGUUUCCCAUUCUUAUGGAAGUCAGUUGAAAUCUACCGGUCACCAUUACCAUUCAGCGAAAUGGAAACACUUUCAAAAGAAAUCGAAUCAAAUCCUUUACAAUUUCCGUUUCAUUUCCAAGCUAUUUUCAUUACUUCAAACCCUAGUAUGUCUCCACAUUACUUACAACUCUCAAUUACAUCUCAAAUUACCAAACUAACCUCAAAAAGACCUCCUCAUUGCGGUGCUUGUAGUGGUAAUAAUAAUUUCACUCUCUCCGUUAGGGUUUGCGAUCAAUCACAUACUGAUAAUCAUAGUCAAUCUAGCUUAUGUGGCGCAAUUACUGCUGCUGAUUUAGAUUUUGGUGGUCAUGAUGAUGAGCGUGUUGAUGAGGCUUUGGGGAGUGUUUUGAGUAAUGGUAAAGUGUUUAGUGUUGUGGUGGUGGAUAGGGAUGAUGGUGAAGUGGAGGGAGUGAAGGUGGUUGUAGGGAAGUAUAGGCACGCAUGGAUUGUAGGGAGGGAUUUAGAAAUUGAGGAAAUGGUGGAGAAAGUAGUGGAGAUAUUCGUCAAUGUGUUUGGUAAUGGAGGUAAAGAGGAAGGAUUGAUUCAUCAAGAGUUCAUGCCUGUUGGUUCUGAUGGAAGGAUUGUGCUUUCUUUCAAUUUGCUUAAUGCCAAUCCCCGCGAUUGGAUUUAUGAUUGGGACUUUCAGAGAAUAGAUGAGACUUUGUUGGCCCCUGUGAUUGAAGCAUUGGGGCCUAUAGCAAAUAUAAGUGUGGAAAGCCAGGUUCUGUACUAUACACCGAAGUCCUCUUUUUCUUCCUGGGAUGAAAAGCUAAGCAGCUAUAUCUUUGGCGCGAAUGAUCUUCCAUUCCUUGUGAACUCAAAUGAAUGGCACUUGGAUACUUCUAUUGCAGCUGGUGGGCGAUCAAAGAUACUGCAAUUUGUGGUGUAUGUACCAUCUGCUGAUGAAUGUCCCCUUCUUCUAAAGCUCCCAAAUGGGCAAAUUUCUGCAACAAAUGGUUUCAUCUCUCCAAUGUGGGGAGGUGUUAUGGUGUGGAAUUCCCCAAGCUGUUUAAAAGAUUCAGAAAGUGAGCUUCCUGGGAGGCAUGUAAUAUCUACUCAGGAUCUUCAGAAGGUUUUUGAAGUUUUCAUGGGGCAAUUCCGGCAACUUUUUGGUCUUACGUCCAACAGUAUUUAUGCUGGUGCAUAUGGCAGUUACAAUCUCUUAGCUAGUGAAAGAGGCUUCACAGAAUGGGAAUUGGAUUUCUUGUCACGGCAACAUACUUGUUUUAAUCUUCACUCAAGUGCUACAACCCUUAGAUCUCUGUCUAAAUUGGUUCAGUCUUUACCAAGGAUGAUUAUUACGGAUGAGAUAGGAAAGCAGGUAAUGUUCUCUCUUCAAUCAGCAGAGUUAGCUCAAAUCAAUGUCUCCCUUGGAGUUUAUGAUGCUUCCGCUGUCUCCUCAAGGAAUGCGAGAUCUUUGGCAGAGGAUGCCUUUUUCCAUCCAUCAAUUAUGUCUGUCAGCUACUACUCAUUUGAACAUUGUUUUGCAGUCUACUCGCCUUUCUUUCUUCCAGUUUCAAUGCAUAUCCUCCUCGCUGCAUUAAGAGAAUUGAGGAGAUACAAGAAAGAAAAUGCCAAGUACUUGUUAUGGAAGGCUAAAGCAGAGGCAGCACCAUAGUUGUUUCCUGUAACAUAAUUGGUUUGACAUGAAGAAGGCUCCCAUACUGGAAGACAUGCUUGAAGACUGGGAGAAUAGUGUUGGCAGCCAGGGAACUGCAUUUUCUAAAUACGGUUUCUAAUUUUUGCUAGCUUGUAUCAUCCUUUGAUGUCUCCUAAAGUACAAUGAAAUUUCUUGGGAUUGAUGA